AUGAGUGUGAAGGGAGAUUUUACAGAAAGGCUCAAAGGAAUCCAAAUUUCCUCACUGGAUGACGACGAUGAGGUUGAAGAAGUUGUUGAAGAAGAAGAUGACGAUAGUGAAGAAGAAGACGAACCAGUAACACUAGGUUUUUUGGAAAAGCCAAAAAAUAGUUGGUCUCUUUUGCGGCAAGUAUUUCCUAGCAAGGCUGGUGGCGUGCCGGCAUGGCUGGAUCCUAUUAAUUUACCAUCUGGAAGGUCCUGUUUUUGUGAUAUAUGUGAAGAACCUUUACAAUUUUUGCUUCAGGUAUAUGCACCAAUAACAGAGAAUGAAUCAGCAUUUCAUCGAGCAUUGUUUGUGUUCAUGUGCCCUUCGAUGCCCUGUCUUCUUAGAGAUCAACAUGAGCAAUGGAAGCGCAGUCCAGAAAAACCAUCUCGAAGUGUGAAGGUUUUCCGUUGCCAGUUGCCUUGUUCUAAUCAUUUUUACUCAAGUGAGCCUCCGAGAAACAAUGGAACUGACAAACCUUCUGGAUUGGGGGUUUCGCUUUGUAACUGGUGUGGUACCUGGAAAGGAGAUAAAGUUUGUAGUAGUUGCAAAAGAACAAAAUACUGCUCACAUAAACACCAGGUUUUGCACUGGCGCUCAGGUCACAAAGUUGAUUGUCAACAAUUGAGCCUUUUGCAUGACUCUAGCUCCAUUGCUAGCAAUACCUUGUGGCCAGAGUAUGAGAUGAUAAAUGAUGAUGAAAGUGAAUAUGAUGCUGAAAUGUUUGAUGAUAUCAUAUCCACUCAUUCAUUGGUAUCUAGGAACAAAAUGGAUGACACAAUGAAUUCAUUGUUAGACAGUUUUGAGGGCAAUAGUGACAGAAAGUGCUGGGCAUCUUUCCAACAGCGCAUAGCCAAAGCCCCUGAACAAGUGUUGAGGUAUUGUAGGAAUGCUAGUGCAAAACCCCUCUGGUCUCUGUCAAGUGGCCAGCCAUCUGUGGCUGACAUUCCUAACUGCAGUUACUGUGGUGGUCCUUCAGAUUUUGAAUUUCAGAUCUUACCUCAGCUGCUUUAUUACUUUGGUGUAAAGAAUGACGCGGAUUCUCUCGAUUGGGCAACCAUUGUUGUGUACACUUGCAAAGCCUCUUGUGAGGCUAGCAUGGGUUACAGAGAAGAAUUUCCUUGGGUUCAACUCUAUCCAACAUCCGCAGCCUGA